AUGUUUGCAACCAGAGCUCUCCGGCAGGCCGCUGCGCACGCUGAGCGCACCCCCAUGAUCAAAUUUCUCGGCCCCCGCUCCAUUCCUUCUUCGGUCGAUCACUCCCCCAGGCCUCACCCGGCCUCGCCCUCGGGCAAGCUUCCCGACUCCUACCGUGACCACGCACAGCAGCACGGCCCCCUUCAGAAGACGAUUCGCAGCCUCGACGCUGGCAUUGGCGGCUCCUCGGGCUCCCAGCUCGGCCCCGUCGAGCCCCCAAAGGGAGUUUAUUUCGACAUCUCCGACCUGCCCUCCCGCUUCCGUCGCACCCCCGUCGAGCUGGCCGAAAUCGAGGCCAUUGAGUCGGGCGGCGCCGCCCUGUUUGGUUAA